CGUUCCACACUCCAGACCAGUAGGUGGCGGACACGCACCUUUAACGUUGGUUUACCAAUCCGCCAAAAAACUCGAGAGAAGACGACACCUAGCUCACAAGAAAAGCUGAAGUGGGAGAGUUUUUGUUCCUUUAAAUCCUCAUUUCUGUUUGUAGCUAAUGAGUUCUUAUGUGUUUUUGCAUCUGAUAUCUUCUCAUCUUCCAUCAAUGUUAUGGUGAACGAGGAAUUGAUGUUAUGAAUUAACCAUCAGUCAGUGAAACUCUCUUGUGGUGAUGAUGCCUGAGGUACAAACUCCAGGUGCAGCAGCUGAAAUCUGUGACAUACUACGGUAAAGAUGGAGUUUAUUAAAGUGGAGAUUGCAGACAUGAGAAAUCCAGAACCAUCCAGAAUAAAAUAUAAAGAUGCUGAGCAGCAAACAGAAUGGAUAGAAGUAAAGCAGGAAAAACAUGAGGUGAAUGAAGUGGAGGUGAAUAAAGUGAAGGAGGAACAUUGUGAAAUCAAAACUUCAGGAAAAACAGCCAAAGAGCUGCACACCUGCACACAGUGUGGAAAAUGUUUCAAAAACAAAGGACACCUUAUCAAGCACAUGAGAAUCCACACUGGAGAGAAACCGUACAUAUGCCCUCAGUGUGGAAAGAGUUUUACUGAUUCAUCAACUCUCUCUAAUCAUCUGCACACUCACUCUGGAGAAAAGCCAUUUAGCUGUGAUCAGUGUGGGAAAAAGUUUAUUUCAUUAUCACAUCUAAAAACACACCUGAUAGUUCAUUCAGAUGAGAAGCCUUAUGUGUGUAAAAACUGUGGGAGGAGUUUUUCAAGACUGGACAGUUGUAAACGGCACCAGAAAACACACAGUGAAGUGAGAGAACACAUGUGCUUUGAUUGCGGGAAGAGCUUUACUACAGCUAAUCAACUACAACAGCAUCAAAAAAUUCAUACUGGAGAGAAGCCGUACCACUGUACUCAGUGUGGAAUGAGUUUCAUGAAUGGAAAAACUCUCCGUUAUCAUCUGAACAUUCACUCUGGAGAAAAGCCAUUUAGCUGUGAUCAGUGUGGGAAAAAGUUUAUUUCAUCAUCACAUCUAGAACGUCACCUGGCAAUUCAUUCAGAUGAGAAGCCUCAUGUGUGCUGUGAAUGUGGAAAGAGCUUUGUUAGAGCAGACAGUUUGAAACGGCACCAGAGGACUCAUACUAAAGAAAAACCGUACAAGUGCUCACAUUGCGACAAGAGGUUUAGUCGCACUGGAGGCCUGAUAAGGCACAAGCGAAUUCACUCUGGAGAGAAGCCAUACUACUGUACUCAAUGUGGAAAAAAUUUUACUCGGUCAACAAAUCUAGCGACUCAUAUUAAAAAGCAUUGUUCUGUGUCAGAGUGAGCAAAUGUUUUCUACAGAUUCAAUAUUUUAAGUCAACAAUGUGAGAUUCAGAUACAGUAAAUAUGAGAUUAGUGCAAAUGGUUAGUUUUGCUGUGAAAUGCCACAAGAUUUGUGGAGAUGUUUUUUUCUGUUUUGCUGGAGAACAGCAAAAGUAUUUAGUCACUUUAGUUUUACAUUGAUGUUUUUUAUUCUUUGAUUAAAUGUUUGCUCAUUAAGACUUUGACAAAGUCGGACCCAAAUAACCUGGAAAAAAAUCCUUACAAAACCCAACAACCAGUCAUUUUGUCAGUGUAUGAAACAAUUCCCUAAAUGGGUUUCUGGCCUUUUUUAUUACAUAAGACAUUUUUUCUAAAAUAUUUAUAAAUGCAAUAUUAUUAUAUCUGCAGCAUAAAAGUUGUGGAGGCUUUGUACAAUGUACAAGUGUCAUCUGAUUAUGUGUGAUUUUUAUUGAUGUGUUAGUUAUUCAGUAAUAUAUUUUAUUUGUGAUGAUCCUGUAGUUUGUCUCAAUCUGUUGACACAAAAAAAAAGUUCUUAAUGUGCCAAUUUACAGAAGAUCUCAGGCAUCAUCAUAAUGAAUGAGGUGAAAACAGGGAACUCUUUUUGCUAAUGUUGUCAGGAGAGAUUAUUCAGUGUAGAUUAAGUGAAAGUAAUGUCAAAUAUGUACAGUAUAAAAUGAUUAUUUGUGUGGAAAAUCCUCAUGAAACCCUACAUGUGCGUGUUACCAGGAAUUUCUGGCAGGUGGCAGCAAUACACUAAAGCGUUUGAGUUUGCAAUUCAAAUAGGGUGGGUGUAAUAAUGGUAAUUUUAGACUAUUAUUUUAGACUAUUAUUAUUAUUUAAUUAGAAAACCCUUUAUAAUCUAUAAUCACAAUUAUUAAACUUAUUUAAUAUUUUCUGUAAACCUUCUUUGCUAAUAAGACUGCAAAGUCAGAGCUGCAACGCAUCCUCAUUUGGAUUACUUUUGGUACUGCUGUUGACAUUUUUGCAAUAAA